AUGUCCGGCAUUGUCAACAAACCACUUGCUCUGUUUCGCAGACCCGAGUCCCCAAGGCCUCUUCACGCCAGAUGGGGUGACGUGGACAUAUCUGUUCCUACAGAGGGAUCAUGGAACCAAUACAACAAUCCCCAUCGCCCAGCGCAAGAAGAAAGACAGAUGUAUGGUCCGGGCUUUGUCCCUCAGGAUCGCCCUUCCAGCAGAGCUGAUACUUCCUACACGGAGCACUCUCAACAAGAGAUUAGCGCGGGCAGAUCGACUCGCUCAGCAACAUCUGUCCCCCGCCGCAACUCCCUUUCUAUGGGAGCUUUGCGCACCGGUCGUCUGUCUGUGCGUCUGGCAUCUCGGCCCAAGCACCUUCGAGGUGAAGCUCAACCUGAGCGAGAUGCCCCUCAGCAAGAGGCCCAGCGAACUGAUUUCGCCUAUAAGCCAAUCCGUCAGGACUACACCGUCGAGGCGACGGAAAAAUCAAAGCCAGCCGGCACCACCUCGUUCAAGUACAUUCCCACGAAUGGACGAUAUCUCGAGGAAAUCCCCGCUGCUGCUCCCCCACGCAGUCAGUCUGCGAUGUCCCACUGCAGCUCUCACAGUCGGCGAGACUCGUUUACUGAGUCGCUGGAUGAACGAUUCUCCCGGCGUGGCUCGCACCAGGAAGACGAUCGUCACAGCCUUCGCUCCAGCGUUGGUGACAGCUCGGAUAGUUCAAGCUCGAGACGGAACUAUGACAUGCCGAGAAGACGUACUUCUCCUUUCGUUCCGGCUGACCGGAGAAGGGGUUCAUUGAUGAAGCCUAUGACUUUGGCAAUGGUUCCCGAUCCCGAGGACCUUUAUGAAUGA